GAUCUGACAGGACUAACAGGGCCACAGAACCUCCCUCUGGGACUUCCUGUUGUCACGGAAUUAGGGAUAAGUUCUCUGUGAGCUCGCUUGGAGAAAGCCAGACUCCCGGGGUGGGAACUCGGGAACGCGGGAACGCCAGGCUCUGCGGAGUGCGACUCGUCCUUGUGUUUGGGACACAUGAUCUCUUGAGGUUCCCUAUGCUGAGGUUGUGCUUUCUCAUCAGUUUCAUAUGCUUGGUGAAAUCAGACACAGAUGAAGCAUGCCCACUGUUCACCAGACUCAACUUCCACAGCGCGGUGGUUGGCACAGGACUGUCUGUGAGACUGAUGCUCUACACACAGAGAGACCAGACCUGUGCACAGGUCAUCAACUCCACAGCUCUGGGGAGCUUAAACGUGACCAAGAAAACGACUUUUAUAAUCCACGGUUUCCGGCCAACAGGCUCCCCUCCAGUUUGGAUGAAGGAGCUGGUAGAGAGUUUGAUCAGUGUGCAGGAGAUGAAUGUGGUGGUUGUUGAUUGGAAUCGGGGAGCUACGACUGUGAUAUACCCCCAUGCUGCUAGCAAGACCAGAAAAGUAGCUCUUAUUUUGAAGGAAUUUAUCGACCAGAUGUUGGCCAAAGGAGCAUCUCUGGACAACAUUUACAUGAUUGGAGUAAGUCUGGGAGCCCACAUAUCUGGAUUUGUUGGAGAAAUGUAUGCUGGGAAGCUGGGGAGAAUCACAGGUCUUGACCCUGCAGGCCCUUUAUUCAAUGGGAGACCUCCUGAAGACAGAUUAGAUCCCAGCGACGCACAGUUCGUGGACGUCAUCCACUCCGACACCGACGCGCUUGGCUACAGGGAAGCCCUGGGACACAUAGACUUCUACCCGAAUGGAGGACUGGAUCAACCCGGUUGCCCCAAGACAAUAUUUGGAGGUAUGAAGUACUUCAAGUGUGACCACCAGAUGUCUGUCUUCCUGUACCUUGCAUCCCUGCAAAAUGAGUGCUCCAUCACUGCCUAUCCCUGCGACUCCUAUCGGGAUUAUAGGAACGGCAAGUGUGUCAGCUGUGGCGCUGGACAAAUUGUGUCCUGUCCUAACCUGGGCUACUAUGCAGACAACUGGAAAGAGUACUUAUGGGACAGAGAUCCUCCGAUGACGAAGGCUUUCUUUGACACGGCCGAGACAAAACCAUACUGUAUAUAUCAUUAUUUUGUGGACAUUGUAUCUUGGAACAAGAGUGUAAGAAGAGGGUUCAUUACAAUCAAACUGAGAGGCGAAGAUGGCAAUAUCACAGAAUCCAGAAUUGAUCAUGAGCCAUCCGCAUUCCAAAAAUACCAUCAAGUGAGUCUCCUCGCAAGAUUUAAUCGAGAUCUGGAUAAAGUGGCAGAGAUUUCCUUGUUGUUCUCCACAAGGUCUGCAGUGGGCCCUAAGUACAAGCUCAGAGUCCUGCGAAUGAAGCUGAGGUCCCUGGCGCAUCCAGACAGGCCUCACUUGUGUCGAUAUGAUCUCGUCCUUAUGGAGAAUGUGGAGACAUUCUUCCAACCUAUCCCGUGCUCCAAGUCGCAGUUGUAGUUGCUGUUAAGACCUGUGGGCAAUGGUGACGUCAGGAUCUCUACAACCACAGGCUUUUAGUGCCUCGCCCUGCUGCGUCCUGAAGGCUCCCAAAGCGCGGGGAAGAAAACCAAGGUUAUUUUCGGCUGUGUUCCAAGGAUGUCACAUCACAAAAUGUCAAAGGACCUGUGGUUAUGAAACAGCCCUGGGAGGGGAGCCCCUAACUAGGGCGAGACAGAAAUAGCUGAGCUCCCUACAGCGGAGCACUCAGGCUGGCUGCAUCCUGAGGCCUCGCUUGUUCCCAACUGUCAGAUCUGCUGCCUGUCACACCACACCCUCAGGGCCGUGGGGCAAGCAUCUAAGGGAGAAGUGCAGCUGGAAGGCCCCACCAGGAAUCUGUGCUCCCUCUGCCAGCCUGGCGUGCACUGGACCGGACUGCCUCCCGGGAACUGUGGGGUGGGAGGGCCAGCCUGUGAAGGGUUUAUGAAGUCCCUUGGGUCCCUUGCCUGGACUACUGUGAACAUGCCUUAUUUUGAUAGGGUUUAGCUUUUACGUAAAGAUACACAUAAAAAUCUCUCUUUUUCAACACCAGCUUUCCUCUUGGACUGUUUGCCUUGGGGCGACAAGAAGGCUCUGGCUUAGUCCAGCCUUUUCUAAAGGGAUGCUGAAGGCCAGAGGUAUGGGAUGGGCUCAUAACCCCUAGGCCUGUGCUGCUAAGUGGAAGAAGAAAGAAAAAACAGGGGUAGCAUUGCAGCAGUGGCCUGGGCAGAGGAAAGGCUGGAGGGAAACUGGCCUGCUUUCACUGAAGUUGCAAAAGUGUCAAUUACAGGGUUGUUUUUCUGCUCUGGGAUUGAUGUGCUAAGUGCACAGAGCCCUGUUCUCAGCUUCAGAGAUUUUUUAAAAAAACAGUCCUUAAGACUGUUUUCUUAAGAAAAAGAAACAAAAACAAAAACAAAAACAAAAGCUGGGUGGUGGUGGCACACACCUCUAGCCCCAGCACUUGAGAGGAGAGGCAGGCAGAUCUCUGUGAGUUCGAGGCCAGCCUGGUCUACAGAGUGAGUUCCAGGACAACCAGGGCUACACAGAGAAAUUCUGUCUCCAAAACCAAAACAAGCAAACAAAAAGUUUUCUUUCCUUCCUACUGGUGUAAUCCAUAAUUAUUCCAGGAAAUUCUUUAAGAUGUAUAGAUGCAAAAUAAAAAUAAACCGUGCACCUGUUACAAGGA